GUUGAAGCACCGCCCCCUGCCCCAUCUCGGCCGGGCCGUGGUAAGUGGUGUCGCGCGGCCGUGGCUCCGGAGGCGGCUGGGCCCCGGUAGCUGGACCGGCUUUGCUGAGUCUCAUGGAGCCCGAUCCCGGGCCCGGGCCCGAGGACGGGGCUGCCUCCCCGGAAGCCCUGCACUUCCAUGGCGACGAAGAGAUCAUCGAGGUGGUGGAGCUGGGUCCGGGCCCGCCCGACCCCGAUGACCUGGCCCAGGAGAUGGACGGAGUGGACUUUGAGGAAGAGGAGGAGCUAGAAGGAGUGGGGGCCGACGAGGCCUGGGGGGAUGAGGUGGACGAGGGAGUGGACGGUGGCAUGGAGAGCCCUGAUGACAGCGAGGUCACCUUUGCCCAUCACUCAGCCUCGGUGUUCUGUGUGAGCCUGGACCCCAAGACCAACACCCUGGCGGUGACCGGGGGCGAGGACGACAAGGCCUUCGUGUGGCGGCUCAGUGAUGGGGAGCUGCUCCUGGAGUGUCCCGGCCAUAAGGACUCUGUAACCUGUGCGGGUUUCAGCCAUGACUCUGCCCUGGUGGCCACUGGGGACAUGAGUGGCCUUCUUAAAGUGUGGCAGGUGGACACCAAGGAAGAGGUUUGGUCCUUUGAAGUGGGGGACCUGGAGUGGAUGGAGUGGCACCCUCGGGCACCUGUCCUCCUGGCAGGCACAGCUGAUGGCAACACCUGGAUGUGGAAGGUCCCUAGUGGUGACUGCAAGACCUUCCAGGGGCCCAAUUGUCCAGCCACCUGUGGCCGAGUCCUCCCUGAUGGAAGGAAAGCGGUGGUGGGUUAUGAAGAUGGUACUGUCCGGAUCUGGGACCUGAAGCAGGGAAGCCCCAUCCACGUGCUCAAAGGGGCCGAAGGUCACCAGGGCCCACUGACGUGUGUGGCCACCAACCUGGAUGGGAGCCUCAUUCUCACCGGUUCUGUGGACUGUCAGGCCAAGCUGGUCAAUGCAGCCACUGGCAAGGUGGUGGGUGUUUUCAGACCAGAGACUGUGGGUCCUCAGCCUAACCCUGGGGAGGAUGAAGAAAGCGAAUCCAAUUCAGUGGAGUCCUUGGGCUUUUGCAAUGUGAUGCCACUGGCCGCUGUUGGCUACCUCGAUGGGACCUUGGCCAUCUAUGACCUGUCUACACAGAGCCUGAGACACCGGUGCCAGCACCAGUCAGGCAUCGUGCAGCUGCUGUGGGAGGAGGGGGCGGCAGUGGUGUAUACCUGCAGCCUGGAUGGCGCCGUCCGGCUCUGGGACGCUAGGACAGGACGCUUGCUCAGUGACUACCGGGGCCACACGGCUGAGAUCCUUGACUUUGCUCUCAGCAAAGACGCCUCCUUAGUGGUGACCACUUCUGGAGACCACAAAGCCAAAGUGUUCUGUGUCCAGAGACCUGACCGUUAGCGGAGACUCCUGUCCCUGGCUCUGGGCACUUGGUUCAUAGGGAGAAGGGGAGAUGGAGGGGGGCUGGCUCCCCCCACCAGGGGCUGCCGGGGAGGCUGACUUCAUCUCCUAGAUGCUGCCAUCUUCCACCUUUCUCCACUUAGACACUGCCCCCCUCCCUCCUGUUGACCUUUCAGAGGGAAAUUCAGUUCUGCUGUUGUCACCUUCCACUUGUGUUCCUUGGGGCUCUGAUUCAGCCGGGGGUUGUGGGAGAUGAGGAGCAGGUCAUUAGAAGCUCUUUCCUUCUCUCCCCCCUCCCCCAAGACUCUCUAGGAUCUUGGCUAUGGGUGUGGGGUGUGAAGGGAAAGGGGUUAUGAUUACAGAGGUUUUAAAAAGUGUAAAUAAAAUAUGAUUCCCAGA